AUGCAGUUCUGGUCUAUUCUAUUCUUUAUUCUCGCCCUCAUGGUUGUGCUCAUCACUCCCGUUCAGUCGGCCUCCGACGCAGACAUUUCGACUCUUCUAGCUCUUAAGGACAAGGUCACCGAUUUUCUGGCGGGAUCCAACUUGAGCCCGCAGGCCAAGGCUAAGAUCCAAUCGAUGGUCGAAAAGAAACAGGCGGAUGUUGAAAACGCUCUAAGCAGAAAAUGA